AUGACGAACUGCUUCGACUUGGGCGAUAUUCUGGCCAUUGCCAGUAUCCACCCGUUUUAUUCUGACACUCCAUAUCCAACGAAAAGUGAAGAUUUACCUAUUCUGCUAGCAAAGCAAAAAGAAAGCUCUGAGAUCGCUCGCCUUACCACUGACAAAGACCCUCGAAAUGGAUAUCGACAAGGAACUUACAUCAGCACGACUGGUGGAGGAUCUGGUGGAGGGCCUCCAAUGGUCUUUGCGACGGAUUCGCGAGAGAUCCGUCAACAACGAGCAGCCAUUGGAUCUCUCUUGCGAUCUUGUGGGAUCACAGGACCAGGAGACUGGAUCAUGACAAUGCACGUGUCGGGACAUCUUUACAGGGCUUUGGACCUUAUUUCCGAGGUGCUCGAGGGGUCUGGCGCCACGGUUCUUUGUGCUGGCAGCCAGAUGGAGCAAGACCAGAUGAUCGAGACACUCAUUGGAUAUCGAGUAAAUGCCAUUUCCGGUGACGCAGGACAAAUCAUUCAGCUAGCGCGAUACAUCUCUACCCUCUCAGAGGACAAGAGAAGGCAACUGCUGAUAAACAAGGCGCUGUAUACCUCAGAGCCAAUGACCCCGGCCCAGCGCAGCUUUUUGAACUCUGUCUUUCCCAAUAUAGCUGUCUCGUCGGUAAUUGGUAGUGCGGAAGCUGGGCCUUGGGCCGCUUCGCCAGCCGAGCUGACAGAGACCACGAAGGAGCAACACUUCGCCGAUUUUGUGUAUGACCAGCGUCUGAUGCAUCUUGAGGUAUUCCCUUUUGCUGUGGAGGACCCUCAAGACCCAUGCAAUGUCGAUGUUCGGCCUCUUCCUGAUGGCGAGAAAGGGCUGCUUGUGCAAACCUCGCUGCAGAGACUGCGUCAUCCUCUCAUCCGCUAUGUCUGUGGUGAUGUUUGCUCGCUCCACUCCUUGCCAGAGUUGAUCAAAGCCAAAAUCUCACCGGAAGAUGCACCUCACUACAAAGUCGCGCGGAUUUAUGGACGCGACCGAAGAAUCAGCUUUGAUUGGUACGGCGAGUACUUCGAAUUCCCAGUUGUCCAGGCUGCACUACGAACCGAGUCAUGGGGUAUUUUGCAGUAUCAGAUCAUCCGGAGGUAUAAUGAAAGAGAUAAGCACCAUCUCGACAUUGUUCUUGAGCUGCGUGUGCUUCGGCACGAUGAGCCAGGCACGAUUGGCGAAGAAGAACUGACACAGGAGUUACGAAAAUUCUUCAACGUUUUUGGGAACAACGAAGAGCUCUUCGAUUUGAAAUACCUAUGUGAUUAUUCGGGAUUCAUCAGAAGCACUACGGGACGGAAAGUGAUUAAUUUCAUCGACAAGACACAAGACUAG